AUGCGUUUCAUCACCGCCAUCGCCGUCGCCAUCUCAGCGUCUGCUAGCUUCGUCGCUGCCCAGGACAAGUGCGAUGCCCAAAACAUUGUAGACACUUGCGUCCAAGGUUACCAAUCCCGCAUCGACGCCUGCAACGAGAACCCCAACGACUUCAUCUGUCUCUGUGACGUCUACAGAGAUGUUCUCGUCUGCUACAACAACUGCCCUGACUCCCUUGAGAAGCCUCCUGUCCAGAACACCGUAACAUCUUACUGCGGUGCCGCCGAGCCCCUCCGUGCCGCUGCUUCCUCGUCCAUGGCCUCUGUUGCCAGCGUCGCUGCUACACAGUCUCGUGCCGUUGCCAGUGCUACGAGCGCCAUGACCAGUGCUACUGGCACCGGCUCCGAGUCUGAGGCUAGCUCAACUCCCACGAGCUUCGCUGGUGCGGGUAGCAGCUUCGGUGUACCUGCUGGUGCCGCCGUUGUUGCCAUGUUUGCUGGUCUGUUGUAG